AUGACACCACUGACAAACCCUCAGACUCCUCAGGAGGUGUCAUAUAAUGACAAGCAUGCGCGCACUCGCUCCAUCAUUGAACGCACCAUCGGCAUACUGAAGGGACGCUGGAUGUGUUUGGACACAGCAGGUGGGAAAUUGCUGUAUAAACCAGAGAAGUGUGGACGCAAUCUUCUCCAGGGACUCGGCAAUUUUCUCCUGAUUCUGAAGAACCGCGUCCGAGAGCAAGCGUGGACGUGGAGAGGCACGAGUGCGGGUGGAUCUGCUACAGGAGGGCUCUGUCGGUUCUGGAUCGGGGUCUCUCUGCGGGACUUCAUCUGUGAUUAA